CGGAGAUUGUAUACACUCGAAGGAGCCAUUCUGUCAUUCGUCAUAAUAUUUCGCACCCGAACAUCAUAAUUUGACGUUUCGCUCUGUAGAAACGGUCGCACGUGUGAGGUGGAAGUCAAGUUCAUUAUCAAAGCACGAAUAACUCAUUCUCUCCUUCAUUUACUCAAAAUUCGCAUUCGCAGAGGAUUCAACCAUUACACUGAAAAACUUACAAGGAUUGAUACUUUCUUAACUUCGCAAUAAAUGUACUUUGAAGCUGAAAUCUAUUUGUGUACAUGUAGUUGAUCUGUCGCCUUUUUAUCAUUACUUUUCGCUCCCGUGUGCAUCUCGUGUGAUCACCAUUCGGAAGACCUAAUAUUUUGACAUUAUUUCAUGAUAAAGAAUUAUGCUAUGUUAUGUUAUCUACUCUGCAUAUAAGGGUCGUGAGUUUAGAUUAUCAGCUAUACCCAUGGAUAUAUGAACGCGAUUGACUUUUUCUCAAAUUUGUUUUCAGUGGAGCGGCAGGAAAGGAAAGUUCUUAAAAUUUGUUAACUUGUUUGUAACUCGUAUCGGCUAUUGUUUCGUCUGCGUGUACGGUCGCACUUCUUAAGGUGAGCAGGUAGUACCUGCUAUCAUCUUCAUUCAAGAGACAAACUUUCCCAGGGUCAAAAGCAAGCUACUUCAUCCGAUCAAUUGAAUUCUGGAGUUGGGACAGUUGACUGGUUUUGCCUUUUCUCUCUUCCACCUAGCUCUUCCAUCCCGCUUCAAUCCGUCGCUCUCAAUCGCACCGAAGGAUAAAAAGCCGUGCGUGCAAAGCGUAGUGAGGCAUAUCAGUACGGGACGCCGCAGGGAGCAGAAGCUUCAAAUAUUUCGCUCCUCUCUCUCUCUCUCUCACUAAAUACCCAUGUCUUACACAUCUUACUCGCUACUUUCUUUGAACAGACUUCAGUGACAUGUAUACGUGUUUAACUGCUUCAAGUGUUUGUUAGAUUGCUUAUCCGCAGGAUUGGACAGACCAUCAAGGCAUUUCACUUGUAAUUUGUGUGUUUGUCUACUUGGAAAUUCUUUUCUGAAGGACCAUGUACCGUGCCGUAAUUUACACCAUCUUCGUGGGCCUGGUGUGCCUGGACAGCCUGGUUGAGUACGGAGUCGAAGCUCGCAGGAAUGGAAGAAAGAGGAACAGGAAUCCUGGAGCAGGGGAUGUUUUAUCUGCAUCCGGUGGUGAUGUUGUCAAGGUGAGACCGACACCAAGAAGGCCUCAGAUUCCACUCAAAGCCGAGGUACAGCCCCCACAUUCAAGAGGUGUUCCAGGUUGUACCUUCGGAGCGGACUUCUACAAUCUUGAAGAUGAGUGGCAUCCGAACCUUGGUGAACCAUUUGGAGAAAUGGUGUGCGUCGUCUGCGAAUGCCGACCCGAGGUGACGGACGGAAUACUCUCGGGGAAAAUCUCAUGUCGUAACAUCAAAUGUCCUGACAUCACAUGUCCCAAUGACGAGGACCCAGUCAUCAAAGAUGGCUUCUGUUGUAAGACCUGUCCGUCAGAAGAUAUUGAUAAAGAAAAGCCCAUUCAAACCAACGGAUCGAGCGAGUCUCACCGGACAUACCCCGACGAUACGGCAUCUACAGAGGGUACAGAUGAUACUUUACAAGGCGAAGCUUUCGUAUCCAUUUUGUCUGGUCGUUUGACAUCGGCGAACACCAGAGCAGUUUCUCGAGGAUCGUUUCUUCUCAUGAACAACAAUCUCCACUUCACAAUGCAUGUAUCAAGACUUAGUACACCUCUUGAAGUUGUCUUCACAGGCGUACUCAAUACGACGCUUCACGUCCAUACCGUUCGCGAUGUCGAUUCAGAUACGAUUUGUGGAGAGUGGAGGAACGUUCCACAGAUUGUCUCACGUGAUCUGCGCAAUAGAAACAUUUUCGUCACACUGACCACCAGGUCACAUGAGCAUGGGGAGGUCAGAGGUCGCCUUAUCCCGCAUCGUGCACUGUCUACAGAAUCUUUCAGUGUUCUCUUGACGCCGAAGCGUCGCAAUGGUCCCAUCAAUGGGUCCUUAGGAAAGGGAGGAUUGGUCAUGCUGUCUUCCUCCAAAAAUGGUAACACCCUCAACUUUGCCGCUCUGCUCGAUGGACUGGUCGAGUCAGAACGGACAGAGGAUGUCAACCUCGUCAUCGAGAUCACGAGGAGAAACGAUGUCUUGAAGAGAAUCGAAGUCACUGUCGCAGUCGAGGCCAUCGACGUGGUGGAUGUGCUCGAAUCCAUUCCCAGCACAAUAAAGAAAGCGAUCACGAAGGGACAACUGAAGAUGAGGGUGACGGUUCAAGAGCAGGGUGACUUAGGAAUGCUGGUCGGCAGCAUCACACCACUUCGAACAUGCAACAGCAUUCACGCUGUACUAUCUGGUAGUCAAGCUCUAGAGAGAUCAAAGACCACUGGAGCUAGUGGAUCUGCGGUAUUCACCCUGGAUGAUGAUGGGACAAUCAAUUACAUGGUUCGAUUGACUGGUCUACAAACAGAGGUCAGUGCCAUCACCAUCGAGAUGCCGAGCAAGAACAGACGGAAGAUCGUGGCUGAUAUCUUUGGAAACUAUAGGGAUGGACUGGCUCAGGGCAAGUGGCUACGACCCAAGCUCCGUGAUGUCCAGAUGUUUCUCCACGGUGAGCUAUAUGUGAAUGUAGCUACAGGUGCCUUCACCACCUCGGAGCUGCGUGGACGCAUCGUCCAACUUCCAUACCAGGGUCACAUCAGAAGACAUGCAAAAAUGCCAAUCCAGAUGUCGGGGUCCCUCAUGGAUCCCGCUCAGGAGACUGGAGCAGCCGGUCAUGCUUGGCUCUUACUCGAUGAAGAAUGCUCCCUCAAUUACGAGAUCGCCGUGGUAGGACUAAACAGCCUCACUGAAGACGACAUCGGGACUGACAGCCCACCGACCACGCCUCACUUCUACGCUGAGAUCGGCGAGAUCGAAUCUGGGGAGAGCCGAGUUCGCUUAGUUCUAAAUGCCUUUAGAGGAAACAGCGCCCGAGGUACGUUAACAGACGUGAAUCCUGGAUUAUUGGAGAGUAUGGACAGGGGACAAGCUUUUAUUCAGAUCAGUACCAAGAACCAUCGAGAAGGCGAAAUCAGAGGCCAGAUCAUCCUGCCUAACACUUGUCAUGGUGCAUCCAAUGGUAACAACCUUGUCCCCGUCAACGAUCCCAUGCCCGCCAUUAACGUCGAUGACGACCCAAACUCGUGCUUCUUCGAAGGUCGAUAUCAUGCUCCGAUGUCGACCUGGUCACCGGACUAUGACAGGAACUGCACUACAUGCACUUGCAAGAAAACUGUGACUAUCUGCGACCCUGUGAUUUGUCCAGAGCUGUCAUGUGACAACCCCGUCACAGCUCCUGGUGAGUGCUGUCCAUCGUGCCCGAAACCGGAAGAGCCGGAAGAGCCAGGCUGCCAUUUUAAGGGUGACAAAAAGGUACAUCGCGUCGGGACCCAAUGGCACCCGUACAUUCCCCCAUUCGGAUACACUAGAUGCGUGCUAUGUACUUGCAUGCCGGGUGGCAACCUAAACUGUUCAAGACUCGCCUGUCCGUCAUUGGAUUGUCCUAAACCAAUUCGACUAAACGCUAAUGAUUGCUGUCAAGUUUGUCCAGAACCAGAACCAACUACCCCACAACCACCAAUGGACGAUACAUUACUGCAGGCAGAUGAAGUAGAAAAAGGAUGUUCCUUCCUCGGUGAAUUUUAUAGAAAUGGCGCUGAAUGGCACCCUCUUGUGUCACCAUUUGGUACAAUGAGCUGCGUCAGAUGUAGAUGUCGGAAUGGUCAGGCGAAAUGCAAGGGAAGAACCUGUCCUCAGCUUAGUUGUAAAGAAUCAAUCAGAACUAAAGGCGAAUGCUGCCCAAGAUGUAAAGAAGACAUGUUAACAGUGCCCACAACAUUACCAACAAUAUUAGAGAUUUCUGCGGAGAAGAAAUCACGGAGGAAAGAAAAACUGUCAUAGGGAAGCGCCCAUUUUCACCCACGAACCCUUAGAUAGCCCCAUAUCCACCUUCAAAAAGAGACAUUUUGAGAUCAUUUUGUUGUGGAUGUGCCACACCUUUCCGAGAUGCAGGGGUUGAAGAACAGAAAGGGACAUUCAAAAGAUGAUGACUAUUGAUUGGAGUCCCUAACCGCCUGAUUGUGAGAUCACCAAAGAUGGUGUGAAGAUGAUGCCGACAUCCUCAAUGUCAGAGGAAUGGAAGGGGUCAGCUGUUGCAAGUUUAACGGACAAAUGUAACCCGGAUGCAGCAGUUGAAUGAUCACGUGAUAUUGAAAAGGUGGAGACGACUGACAAAAAAAACUACACUUAUGAUAGUGUUUGCCUCAUGGGACAGAGAUUGGGUACUGAACUUUCAAAUUGAUGCAGAAAAAAUGAAAGAAAAAAAAUCAAAGCAUCACUGUAUGACAUCAAUACCUUUACGAUGCUUCCAAAAGAACGUUAAAACGACACGUGCGCACAACGAACGGAAGCAUCCAGUUGAUUUUGAUUGGUAGCUCAUCAUGUCGCAGGCUUUCAUGAAAAUCAGAUCAUCGUGAUAGAGUGACAUGUUUACUUAUGAGGACCUUAAUAGGAAUGAAUGAAGUGAGAUAUGAUUUUUAUCUAAAAAUAAUAUCUUUGCUAAAGUAUUAAAUACAACUCUGACCUCUAAUAUUGGAAUCAACAAAAUGUAUAUGUUUCAUCAGAUAUUAUUUCAAUAACAUUUUUGACGAACAUUGCUUCAUCUCAUUAAUAAGUAAAGGAUAUCUUGAACAGGAUAAUUAAACUAGUUAAUUAGAUCAAGGUUAAACUUUUGCCAAAUAUAUUCACAAUUUUUAAUUUGUUAAAUUGGGAAUGAAGAUUUUAAGGACACAGUGUUCAUUUCAUUUUUACAUUAUUGUAAGAUCCACCACCCUCAUUUGUCAACUAAGUAUUUUAAUAUUGUAAAAUGCAAAAAUAGAGUAGAAGCCGAAAUAAAUUGCUGAUACAAAAUCGUCUUGAGGUGAAGUAAAUUUUAUUCAGAUUAAAACUAAAUUAUCUUUUAAUGUUGAAAAGUUCACAAGGUAAACGUAACAUAAUGAAUGGAACAUGAUAUUAAUAAUAUAACACUAACUGUCAUGUAUCUAGGAGAAAAAAAUAUUAUUAUGGUUUGUUUCUGUCUAUGUUGAACUUAAACGUGUGUGAUAGGUCGUAAACUAAUUGAGAAAACUGAUCGAGAAACAUUAAUAAAUAAUAAGAUGAGUAGAUGACAUACUCUACAUGACAGAUUUGGAAUGUAGUUUGACAAUAAAACAGUAGUCUAAAGUAUUACCAAUAGCCAUAUGAUUAAAAAGAUAAUCCUCACAUUCCCUAUGUAAUAUUUUGUAUUAAAAAGCAAUAACUUUAUAUAUUAUCUGAUAAAAUUAUUCGUAUCUUAAACACGUUUUAUUUACUCAUACGAAUAAAAUCGUAACAACAUUCUUACCUUCUUUUUCUCCUUUAAUAUUUAAUAGAUUGUGCUAAAUAUAAAUAAUUUCGAACGAUGAGAAAAUAUAUAUAACUUAUUUGAAAACGUGCGUUGCUCAUCAUUUAUACACAUCUUGACAACAUGAAGACAAUAUACAGACUGAAAAUGCUUGACAAUCAACUAUAUACUAUAUGCGUUUGUUUGAAGGUGUUCAAGAGUUUAACUGAUAAUCAACGAUGUAAAAACAAUCUUAGUAGUAUUAUGAUACACAUUAAUCAAUACCUAUAGACCGAAUACUUCAGUAUUUAAUAGUGCAUCAAGGCAAUACGUGUUCCUUAAUGUUGCGAUUUUCUUUUUAUUUAUUUUUGUCUAACAUGUUUUCCUUACAUUGAGUCACAAAAUGCAUUCGCAAUCAUGAUUUUUUGGUUGUAUUCAAGUUCUAUUGAUUCCUCUUCGAUGGGUACAAGACUUGGUUGAGAUUUAUAGAUGUCUUAUUUAUUCUGUACAAAUGCCAAAGUAAAAGAUGUAUUCGUGAAUAUUUCGCAAACAUAAAAUAGACAACAUUUAUAACUUUGA